AUGUCUAGCUGCUCCAGUGAAGUUGAUGUGGUAAAAACUCGAAUAACUACUUGUGAUGAUGAUAAUGACAUUCUUUAUGCAUAUCAAUCAAAGGCUGGAUAUGCCAAUCAGCAAGGUGUUCAGUCUAACACAUCCUAUGAAGAGCAACAAAAAACAAUUGUGGAUAUCCUGAAUCGUUGCAAGAUCAUCCAAGAUGCUAUUCAAAACCUGGAUAAGAAGUUUAAAACCAUUAAUGGAAAGGUUUCAAAAAUUUACCGUUUUCGUACAAAAUUAAUCUGGCAAAAUCGCAAGCCACUUGGAUAUGCAUACAAACAUUAUACUUACCUGCUUUCUAGAAAGGUCAAACUACAGAAAAAGAAGAAGGAUGUGACUCCUCCCGCUUCAUACUCUUAUACAGAAAGUUAUAGCCCAACUACACCAGUAAAAAGGCCCAGAAAUGAUUCCCAGAGCAACAUGGUAGGAACAUAUUACCCAUCACAGGAUUCCAUGAUCCAUGAUAAUGAGGAUCAAGAGAUGCGCCUUAGCCAGAGUCCAACAUUCCCUCCCUACACACAGGAAGAUUCAGUACAUUACAUUUCCGAUGAGCGAAUGGAGCGCCCCCCUUAUUUGGCCUCCUUUGACAAUCAAGGACACAGCUCCACCUGUGUCUUCUCAGCUGCCCAAGCUUCCACAUCAGUACCUGCUGCUGUGCUGGAGCAAGGUAAAUCCAGUGUGGCAUACAACUCUGAGAUGAUGGCUUACCCAACUUUGCUGGAAAAGAAUAGCCUGGGCCGUAACUUCUCAUCUUCCUGCAUCGCCCCUGCAGUUUCAUCAGUUGGAACUGCCCCGUAUGUGCUAAAACAAGACUUCCCUGAUGACCCUGCAACUUGGAAAGUAGAGGAAGUGAUCCUGUUUCUACAGCAUAUAGAUCCUGAGUCAUUCACCCCCAUUGCCGACACCUUCAGGCAACACGACAUUGAUGGGAUAGCUCUGCUACUGCUCCAGAGUGAAGUUAUGAUAAAGUAUAUGGGAAUUAAGCUAGGAACAGCUCUGAAGUUGUGCCACUACAUCGAAAAGCUUAAAACAGAAAAAGGCAUUAAAGUUUGA